AUGCCUCUAUUAGAAAGGGACUGCCGAAGGGAUGAGGUAGAAGAGCACAAGAAAAACCUUCCAUUGUCCGGGGAACCCGAGGAUUACAUAGAAGCCUAUCUCAUGGAAAUAGAGGAACUAAAGCGACGAGGGAAGUUGGAUCGAUAUCUCUCAGAAUUUGGACUGCGUUUGAACAUUGAGGAUUUAUUCUUCGCCGGAAACGAGACGACAUCAAACACCGUUCGUUGGUGCGUCCUGUUUCUCAUUUGUCACCCGGAACUUCAGGAGAAACUUCAGGCUGAAGUUGACAACGUUGUAGGUUCCGACCGAAUGCCUUCGCUGAACGACCGAAACAGAAUGCAAUACACGCAAGCCUUCACAAUGGAGGCGUUGAGACUGUCGCACUUGACCCCGUUGGGAUUUCCUCACGCGGCCACGGAGGACGUGGAAAUCGCCGGAUUUCGAUUCCCAAAGGAAACGAUGUUCUUAGCAAACGUUAGGCGGUGUCAUAUGAAUCCCAAGUUCUGGCCAGAUCCCGAAAAGUUUGAACCGGAAAGAUUCCUCAAUCCAGAUGGGUCCGUGAAGACCAAAGUCCCCAGUUUCAUUCCGUUCUCCUUCGGGAAGCGUCAGUGCAUGGGCGAGUCAUUGGCUCUGAUGGAACUCUUCUUGUUCAUGGCCAUCUUCAUGCAGAAAUUCACAUUUCGCACCACGACCGGACUUCCUCAUCCCAAAGCCGAGGGUGUUGAGAGCAUUACCUGGAAACCUCCCAAACCCUUUCAGUUCCUUGUCGAGGAAAGAAAACAUUGAAGCAAUGCCAUUUAUCAUAUCAUGUCAUUCAUCAUGAUUUUCUUGACUUAUCUCAUAUAUCUUCCGUUUGAUAAACGGUAUAUAACAGAAGGAGAAAUCAUUUGAAUGGAAUGCAAAUAUUUCGCUGGAUUUCGCACACCUG